AUGACUUUAGUACGGCGCGGGAAAUGGGGCGGAAUAAGCGACCAUUUCUUGAUGCGCAUGAUGAAUACCCAUGACAGAAGUGGAAUAGAUGCUCUCCUUUACGGGUUGGAACAGCCGGAGAGGAGACUGGUGAUAUUUCGAGGGAGCACUGUCCUUCCAAGAGAAUUAUCUGACUUGGAGAAAGAAGUUUUGUGUGCAGUCACAUUUCCAAUCCCCGACUACAUAAAGGUGAGGGGACCAGUGGCACUAGAGGCAUACAGGAGAGCACUGGAGACAGGCAAAACUUUCGAUAGACGUACCAAAAUUGUGUUGAUUGGUCAGGACCGUGUAGGCAAAACAAGCCUGAGAAGAUACCUCAGAGGUGAAGCAUUUGUUAAAGAUGAAGCCAGCACUAAUGGGAUCGAAAUGAUUUCCCCUGUCAAGAACGCAGGAAAAGGGGCAUGGAGGAAUCCAGCCCUGCUUGAAAAAACGAGUGCACUUGACCACAAGUGUGCAGAAUUGGUUACACAAGAGUUACGCAGCAGCUCUGAAGAACGACUACAAAGGAUUCAAGGGUUUGCUGGAAAAGUAAAGGAGACGAGAGGCGAACCUACAGGAGAAAAGGGAGUGACUCAAGAACGUUCAAAUGACGACCUUGCUUCAAAAGAAGUCAUUGAAAGAAAAGGCUUAGUUAAUUUUUUUGUAAGUGCCUCACCUCCGCAUUUCGACAUUUUUAUCGAUUUGAACGUAAGAGCUAUGUGGACAAAGGAGAGACAAACGCCAUGCUUUGCCGAUUUCUGCUAA